AUGGCAGACACCGCCAUCGACCUCCCUUAUUUGUCUUCUCAUUUCUCCAUCCCGGAGACAACACUUUCUACCCUCACCCAAGCUCCAACCAUUGAGCUUGUUAAUCAAGUUUUGAAUUCGAUCGCAGCCAAGGCAAACGAGUUUGACAACCUCAAGUCCGAUAAACUUCGCCUUGAAGUAGAGCUCGAAAAUGCGGUUCGCAGUAACGAAUCAAAGACCAAGGUCUUGAAAAAAACGGUGGAAAAGGGACAUUCUGAAGUAGAAGAACUGAGGAAGAAGUUGCAUGAGUCAGAGAAUACGCGAUCCACCCUUGAAUCCGAGAUUUCAAACCUCAAAUCGUCAACGACCACCAACGAAACUGAAGUGAGCUCACUCAAAUCCCGCAUUACGUCCCUUGAGGCAUCGAAUCGAGAAACCCUUGCUCUACUUGAGUCAAAGUCUGCGGCUUAUGAUCAAUUGGCGGAAGAAUUAUCAACCCAGCACAAGAAGACUCUCGAGUUGCGCCGCGAACUGUCGACCGCUGAGCAGAACCUCCAAAAUGCAAACUCUGCUGCUGGUAGUGCACGUUUCCGGGAGCAGAGCCUUCAACAGGAGCUAGAUCUCACCAAGAAAAACAACGAAUGGUUCGACGCCGAGCUGAAGACCAAGAGCGCCGAGCAUAUCAAGUUCCGCAAGGAGAAGAGUGCACGGAUCGCUCAGCUACAACGUGAAAACGAAGAGGCAAACGCCACGAUUGAUUCUCUCCGGCGUAGCGAAAAUUCUCUCAAGAGUCGUCUGGACGAAACUGAACAGCGCUUCGAGGAGUCGAUUGCCGCCAACAGUCAGCUGAAGGAAGAUCUUAUCCAAGCUACCGAGUCCUUCCGCAUUGAACUCGAUAGUUCCAACAGACUAGCCGAGCUGCAGGGAUCUUCCGCCGAAACUGCAAAGCAACGUGUUCAGGAAUGUCAGCUCGAACUUCAAAAGGCGAAAGACCAUGCCGCCGAGGUGAUCUCACGCUUGCGUGUCGAAAUUGAAACCGAGAACUCUGACAAGCAGGCUGCCGAACGUCGCGUGGCCGAGCUUGAAGUAGCCGUGGGUCAACUCGAAUCCGAACGCGGGCGGCAUAGGUCUAUGAGUCCUGCUCGAUCUUUGAACGGACUCGGGCCAAGCACUCCCAUGCGCCCAGGAACACCAGGAAGCACGUCUACCCCUCGGGCCAUUCGCACUAAGAAUGGUCUUACUUUCACCCAGAUGUACACCGAAUACGAGCGCAUGCGUGAUAUUCUGGCCGCCGAGCAACGUACCAGCCAAGAAUUACGAACUGCCCUCGACGAGAUGAUGCAGGAACUUGAAUCAAGCAAGCCAGAGAUUGAUGAGCUACGUGCGGAUCAUGCCCGUCUAGAGGAAGCAAUCGUGGACAUGUCUGGUAUCUUGGAAGCUGCCGGAAAAGAACGAGACAGCGCCAUAAAGGAGUCGCGCAAAUGGCAGGGUCAGGUCGAGGGCCUCACCCGCGAAGGUGUUAUUCUUCGCCAGCAGCUUCGUGAUUUGAGCACUCAAGUCAAGGUUCUCGUUCUGGAAGUGGCUAUUACGAAGAAGGGUGAAGAUUAUGACCGUGAAGAACUUGAGAAGAUCGCUCGUAAUGAAAUCGAAGAUUCUGCCGCUGAAUUAAGCGAAACUGGCCGUUUCAUUACCCGGAACCUUACUGCUUUCAAGGAUCUCCACGAGCUUCAAGAGCAAAACAUCACUCUUCGACGCAUGAUUCGUGAACUGAGCGAUAAGCUGGAAGGUGAUGAAACUCGUGCCAAGGACGCAGUCCGACAACAAGAAGCCGAAGAACUUAAGGACCUCAGGAUUCGUGUGCAAACUUAUCGUGACGAGAUUGCCAACCUUCUUGCGCAAUCGAAGAGUUACGUUAAGGAGCGUGAUACCUUCCGUAGCAUGCUAACUCAUAGGCGGCAAACCAUUGGCGAGGCAUCAAUAUUUUCGCAGUCUGUUCCACUUGGUGCAGUUCCUGCAGGUGCCCCUGAUGGGCAGUCGAACAACAACACAGAUUACGCGGAACUGCUUCGCAAGUUGCAGGCGCACUUUGACUCAUAUCGUGAGGAGACAUCAACCGACCACACAGCUCUUCGACAGCAGGUUAAUGAGCUUUCGCGGAAGAACAGUGAACUGCAAAGCGAAAUCAGCCGUUCAAGCAGUCAACUUGCGGCUGCUACUCAACGUGCUGAACUUCUUCAGAACAAUUUCAGCAUGCUCAAGAGUGAGAACGGCGAUCUCCACAAGCGCUUUACUACUCUCUUUGAAAAUGCCAAUCGCCAGGAACUCCGUACACAACAAGCUGCCGAGGAUCUAGUCGAAGCCAAGGGCCUUGUUGAGAGUCUGCAGAGAGAGACUGCAAACCUGAAGGCCGAAAAAGAUCUUUGGAAAAGCAUUGAGAAACGCUUGGUUGAGGACUUGGAGAAUCUCCGAAAUGAGCGCAACCGACUUGACUCAUUGAAUGCAAACUUGCAAACUCUUCAGAACGAGCGUGAGCAUACUGAAGCCGAAAAUCGUCGCCGCCUUCAGUCCAGUGUUGAAUCCCUCGAAUCGGAGCUACAAUCGACUAAACGAAAGCUCAGUAACGAGGUCGAGGAUUCGAAGAAGGCAACUAUGCGCCGGGAGUAUGAACACCAACAGAGUCAGAAGCGUAUCGACGAUCUGGUUGCUAGCCUGGGCUCCGUACGGGAGGAAUUGGUCGCGAUAAAGACUACGCGCGAUCACCUUCAGUCCCGUGUUGAUGAACUUGCUGUUGAACUCAAGAGUGCCGAGGAACGUAUUCAGGUUCUUCAGUCACGCCCAGCUGUUUCUGCCGCUUGGACUGAUAUUCCUACUGUUGCCCAAAGCUCGGAAGAUUCCAGCGGGCUGACUAGAGAACAGGAACUCGCCAUUGAAGUGUCGGAACUCAAGCGUGACUUAGACCUAGCGAAGGGUGAACUUGCGCAUGCUAAAGAACGUGUUGAAGAAUACCAAGCCAUCAGCCAAUCCACAGAGGAGCGUAUGGAAUCUGAGUCUGAGACACAUGCACAAUACCGCGAUGAGACAGAUCUUCUUAUCGAAGAGAAGAACAAGACAAUCAAUGAUCUCGAGUCUCGGGUUGAAGAAAUCUCCGCUGAGCUUGCAGCUACAAACACAGAGGUUUCCAAGCUCCGCGACGAGCAAGGCGAAGCCACACGUCACGUCGAGGAGCAGAAAGCUAUCCUCCAGUCAGAAAUCACUCGAUUGAAGGAUGAGAAUGAGCGAUAUAUCACCACCGCCCAAUUCCACCAGGAUGACUUGAAAGCACAGGCUGAGAUCGCCCAGCACGCCCAGCAAAACUACGAGAGCGAGCUUGUGAAGCAUGCCGAGGCUGCAAAGAAUGUUCAGACUGUUCGUACUGAAGCUCAUCAGUUGAAACUUGAGGUGACUGAGCUCCGCGCCCAGUCAGAGAAUUACAAAAAAGAUCUGGCCCAAAAAGAGGAGAGCUGGGUCGAACAGCGUGCCAGAUACGAGGGCGAGCUCACCGAGUUGCAUAAGCGCCGGGAAGAAGUCAUUCAUCAAAACACUGUGCUUCACUCCCAACUUGAGAACAUUACCUCUCAGAUCUCAUCUCUACAACGUGAUCGUGCUGCCAAUUAUCAUGAAAACGAUGAACAGGAAGGCGAGCAAUCAGCACCAAACCUGGAGGGUCUUCAAGAAGUCAUCAAAUUCUUGCGUCGUGAGAAAGAGAUUGUGGAAGUUCAAUAUCAUCUUUCUACCCAAGAGGGCAAGCGACUUCGCCAGCAGCUAGACUACACUCAGGCACAACUGGACGAAACCCGUCUCAAACUUGAGCAGCAACGUCGUGCCGCUGCCGACAAUGAGCACAACACCCUCAACCACAACAAGCUCUUGGAAACCCUCAACGAGCUCAAUCUGUUCCGGGAGAGUAGUGUUACACUUCGCAACCAGGUGAAGCAGGCAGAAAGCGCUCUAGCUGAGAAGUCGGCUCGCGUGGAUGAAUUACUUCAACAAAUUGAGCCCCUUGAGACUCGAAUUCAUGAAUUGGAGAACAACUUGGAGGCCAAAGAUGGCGAGAUGCAAUUACUGCAGGCUGACCGGGACCGCUAUCAGCAGCGCAUUCAAAACAUUCUUCAGAAGUACGAUCGAGUCGAUCCAGCGGAGAUGGAAGGACUCAAAGAAAAGCUCAGUACUCUUGAAAAGGAGCGUGAUGAGGCCAAGUCUUCUGUGGAGACCCUUCAAACCAGCGCCACAGCCUUUGAAGAGCAAGCCAAAAACGCUGAGGCUCGUCUUAGUGAUCUCCGCAAUAAACUUACUGAACAGUUCAAGGCGCGAUCUAAGGAGCUUUCUUCGCAAAUCAGGGCUCAGAAACUGGAGCUCAGUGGGGUAGUGGAAGAGAAAGAGGCCAUUCAGGAAGAGCUCAAGGCAACUAAGAUCGAACUGGAGGGCUUGAAGGCGAAGUUUGCCAAUUCUUCCACUGGAGCAACUCCAGCACCCGUGAACUCGACACCUGCUUCCCAAUUCCCUGCUACGACAGCUCAAGUUGCCCCUGGUGACGAGCUGAAGAUCAAGCAGCUCGAGGAGAAAAUUCAGCAUCUCGAGGCCACCAUUGUUGAGAAGGAUGCUCUGUAUGCUGCAAAGGAUGCAGAACACGAAGCGAAAAUUAAGGAACAAGCGGUCCAGUUCCAAGAAACUUUGAAGGCUAAGAUGCUUGAGAUCAAUGCUGCUCGACAGGAGCAAGAGAAGGGACCUGCUGGUGAACAGCAUACUGUUGCUCCUAGUGCAGCUACCGAUCAAGUUCCCGCGACACCUUCCAAGACCGGUGUUACUUUACCCGAGCUGUCUGAUGCUCAGGUACGUGAGCUUGUCUCUAGGAGCGAGGUCGUCAAAAACAUUGUUCGCCAAAACAUCCGGACCAUGGUGGCAAGAGAGCGUGAAAAGGACAAGCAGGAGGCUCGGACUGCAAACGGUGACACAGCCACUUUGGAGGCCAAUUUCAAUCUAGAGAGAGAGGCUUUGAAAAAGAGUCACGAGGCAGAGCUGGGUGAGAAAGUCAAGUCUGCUGUUGAGCUUAAUGAUAAAAAGUAUGCCGCUCGGCUCAGUAUGAACGAAACUCGAUUCAAGUCUGCGCAAGCCAAGAUCGAGGUUGUUCAGAAGGCGGCUCAGGAGACUCCACAGCAGCCCGUUGUGGAAGUGUGGGAAAUUGCCAAGGCAGCAAAACCUGCUGCGGUUAGCAAGCCAGCCGCUUCGUCUUCCUCAGCACCAGCUCCAGCUGCAGUUCAACAGGUACCAGUCGCACCAGCUCCAGCGCCCACUCCAGCGCCCACUCCAGCCCCGGUUGCCACGGCCGUGGAGCAACCCGCUGCGAGUGGACAACAAGCUACCCAAUCUCAAUCUGCCCCAGUGACAAACAACAGUCCUUUUGGUCAGGUUCAGCAAAAUGAUCAGAACAAACCAGUCUCGUCGCUGCCCGUCAAGCCCCCGACUAGCAACGCACCGGGUAUGCUACGAGCUCUACAGUCCGGACUUCCAACGAGGGGAGGCCGCGGCGGCCGCGGUGGUCAACAAACCCAGUUAGGACAUGAGCAAGUCAACCAGCAGCUCCAAAAUCAACAGCAGUCGCAACAGGGCCAGGGUCAAGGCCAGGCUCAGCGUGGGUCAGGUCUUCCUCGAGGCCGCGGUGGACGUGGUGGCCAGGGCCGGGGACAGAACGUUGCCAAUGCGCAACAGCAAAACCAACACCAGAAUCAGAACCAAGCCAGCCCUACCAAUCGUGGAGGCCUAAAUGUCCAAGCUAAGCAAUUCGUGCCAGGGGGCAAACGAACUCGUGAGGAGGGCGAGGUUGCCCAGGAUGGCGGCAGUGCUGGAAAGCGGAUGCGCGGAGGAGGUCAAACUCGAGGAGCUUGA